AACAGCAGCAAGACGUAGAGUUAGAAGCCGAGAACACAACAGACGACAGCAUGUUGGCCGGACUGCUGACCCUGAUGUUCCUUCUGAUGGGAACGGCUGGACAAACACCACCAUCUAACGCUACAAUGGCCAACAACGCUACAAUGGCCAACAACGCUACAAUGGCCAACAACGCUACAAUGGCCAACAACGCUACAAUGGCCAACAACGCUACAAUGGCCAACAACGCUAAAAUGGCCAACAACGCUACAUAUACAAUGGCCAACAACUCCAUGAUCAACGCCACCACCCCCACCGUGAUGCCAAAUGAUCCAAUUCCUCCUGUUCCUCUCGGCUACAUCAUCGGCAGCCUGGUUGCCCUGGUCGUACUGGUGGGCGUUAUCAUCUUCUGCUGCAACUUUGAAUCAUCUAACGCUACAAUGGCCAACAACGCUACAAUGGCCAACAACGCUACAAUGGCCAACAAUGCUACAAUGACCAACAACGAUACAAUGGACAACAACGCCAUGAUGUCAACCACCGAGGCGAUAAUCCCUCCAAUUCCUCCUGUUCCUCCCGGCCACAUCAUCGGCGGCCUGGCUGCCCUGGCCGAGCUGGUGGGCGCUAUCUGCUUCUGCGCCGUGGCGUGUCGCAAAAACACCGAGGCCAGCUUCUCCAAGCUAGACCCUGCUGACGACACGAUCCCCGGUAGCCCGGCAGCCAAGGAGACGGGAAACACCAGCGCACCGACCGCAGGCCGUCGCGUCCGACACGUCUACAACCCGUCAUUCUUCCACCGAGGGUCUUACUCUCCUCCUCGACCCAUGGAGGCCGGCUACCCCGGCAUACAAAACACCGCCUUUACUCAGUAG